ACAUAUUGCUUCACUCAAGUCUCUCCCUUAUCAUGUAUCAUAUAGUGAUAUAGAUAACAGAGUCAACAUCCCUAUUCCCUCAUUCCAAAAUAAGCAAACGCACCAUGAUCAACAACCAAGUAAACGAAUCCCAUGAAGAAUCAUCACCAUCAUCAUCACCAUUCUAUUGGUGGAAAUCGAUCCCUGAAUUCAAUUCCUUAAAUGGGUCUCAGAACUCAUCAUCCAUAUUCAAGGUAUUGAGAGAAAUGGAGAGGCUGUGUUGGAUCAGUGAAGAUGGGGUGGAUGAUCUUAAGCACAAACUCAUGAUCUACAAAUCUGGUGAUUUUUGGCUCCCGAUUGGUGGAAUUAACAAACAAGAUCUGGAUAUUCCUCCACUAAUUACUGUUUUGUUGCUUGGAUUGUCUGGUUCUGGGAAAAGCUCACUUGUCAAUCUUAUGUAUGCUGUUCUUGGCAGAUCUGGAAUCAUCCCGUUUUCUCAAACUUCAACGUUGGUUGCAGAUGAAUCACAAAAUAAUCCGACCAUGAUGCUUGAAGAACAUAACGUGUUACGAUCAACACGAAAUGGGUUUUGCAUAUACGAUUCAAGGGGAUUAGAUGUUAAUCGAAUGGAAGAAGGUCUGGAGGAGGUGAGCCGGUGGUUGACCGAUGGAGUCCGUCACAAUCAACAGUGUCGGUUCGGUGAAGAUGAUGUGGAGGUGAGAUUAAAUUGGUCCUCCAAUGGGUAUGUGAAACGGAAAGUGAAUUACGUGGCGGUGGUCGCCGAUUUAACGGUGGUCUACAAGGCUUUUUUCUGCGGUGGCGAUUUCACGCCAGUUUCGGCCAUUAAAUCCCUAUUCCAUUGUCCUUCGAUAAGGACAUCAAAUAUAGACCCACUUUUGAUCCUGACACAUGGUGAUAUGCUACAACCCGAGGAAAGGAUAAAUGGUCGAAUCAAAAUUUGUGCCUAUUUGGGGAUACCAGUAACAACUGGUGCAUACGACAUAGUAUGUCUUACAGAGCAAGGUAUAUUGCAUGAGGAAUCUGAUUCAAUCACGUCUUUUGCAUUGAUUGAAGCGAUUUAUCGGGGUUUGUUACAGUCGGAUCGAACUCAUUCUCCAAAGAAGAAGUAUAAAGAUUGGAUCAGAGAUUUUUUUGUGAAUGUUAUGUGUUCUUUAGCUUACUUCUUUGCUAUGCUUUCACGUAUUUUUGAGAGGUGGAGUGGUAAACGAAAUGAAGUUAAAUUCAUCAAAAUAUUAGAUAGAAAGACACGAUAGCAUGUGUUUUUUUCUGUUCAAAUAUCAUAUAGAUCGCGUUUCUUAUUUCUAAUUAUACGUUAAUACUAUGUACAACUUCGUUUCCUUUUCUGUA